AUGGCUACUAUGAAUGACGACGCUAACAAGAUACCUCAAAAGACCCGUGAGGUCAACAACCAUCACAUGGACUCUACAGUCUGGAACGAUGUAAAGCUCAGAUCAGACGAUAUCAUCAUCGCAACCUACUCCAAAUCAGGAACAACAUGGGUGCAACAAAUCGUAUCUCAGCUCAUUCAUCAAGGUGAUCCAACUGUUGCAGCAGGCGCUUUAUCUCCAUGGGUCGAUAUACGCAUUGUUCCCAGAGAGGUCAUGCUUGACAUGGUUGAGGCGCAGACACACAGGCGGUUUAUGAAGACACACUUGCCCGUUGAUAGUCUCGUGUGGGACCCUAAAGUCAAGUACAUCUUCAUCGCCCGUGAUGGCCGUGACAUGAUCUGGAGUCUUCACCAUCACUUCUACGCUGCAACCCCCACCUUUUACAGCUUUUUCGAAAACACUGGGGUGACUCCCUUCCAACGUCCUAGCGAGAACCCGCGAGACAUGCUGAUUGAUCUUAUUGAAGACGAUACCCGUCCAACAAUCUGCUGGCCUUUCUGGAGCCACAUUCGAGGAUGGUGGGAGCGCCGUGAUCAGUCUAACCUCAUGCUGGUUCACUUCAAUGACCUCAAAAAAGACCUUGACGGCGAGGUUCGCAAGAUUGCCAAGUUUCUCGAAACUCCGGAUAUGCCCGAGGACAAGUUCAAAGAUGUUGUUGAGCACAGUACUUUUGACUGGAUGAAGGAACAUGCAGAACUGGCUGCGCCACCUCAGGCUGCGGUAGCAUGGGAGAAUGGCGCUAAGGAUUUUGUGCACAAAGGCUCUAAUGGACGAUGGAAGGAUGUAUUGUCUGAGGAGGACAACAAGAGAUACUUGGACAAGGCAAAGGAGGAACUUGGAGAAGAGUGCGCGAACUGGUUACAGAAUGGUGGCUCUUUCAAUUGA